UAUAAACCGCGUCGGUUCCAGUGAGAGCAUCGUCCCGCACAGCCACCUGGAUCACCUGUUUCUUCACUGCUUAUUUAUUCAUUGAAAUUUUGAGUGACGAAUUACAACAGAAGAAAAAUCAAAAUGGCCAAGUUCUUCCUCGCCUUCCUGUUCGUCGUCGCUUCAGUCUACGGACAGCAAGCUGACAGCGAUUGUCCGGAAAAGAACGGCGUUUUCGCCGACACCGUCCAGUGCGAUCGCUACUACGAGUGCGAAAACUUUGUCCUCAGUGAGAAACUCUGCGCCGAUGGUUUGGUGUUCGCCGAUUUGGGAGUCAACAGCGGCAUCGGUGGCCGAUGCGACUUCCCCUUCAACGUCGACUGCAAGGACCGCCCCGAACUCCAGCCUGCCAACGCUACCGCCAACUGCCCACGACAGAACGGUUAUUUCGCACACAGUGACCCGACCGUCUGCGACCAGUUCUUCUUCUGCUCAUCUGGUCAAGCUAACUUGAUCACCUGCCCCGGUGGUUUGGUCUUCAACCCCAACACAGGCACUUGCUCCUGGCCAGGAGAGGCUAACCGCGCCGGCUGCCAGAGCAAAGACGUUGUUGCUUUCGAUUGCCCCGCCCGAGUUCUUGAGGCCGAUCCCGUCGGACCCCAGUUCAUCGACCCUCUGUACGCCGAUCCUACCGAUUGCCAGUACUUUUACGUUUGCAUCGGUGGCAAGGAACCCCGCCGCAACGGCUGCACCACCGGUUUGGUUUUCAACGACCUCACCAAGCGUUGCGACAGACCGAGGAACGUCCCCGACUGCGUUGACUGGUACAAGACCAGCGAAGGUGAUUUGUUGGAGCCCGAUGUGUUGGACGAGGUUGCCGCUCCACCACCCAAGAGGACCAACUUCGCCGGCCGGUCUUAAAUUCGCGUUGCCUUUGUAAUUACUCAACAAAUUUACAAGCACAAAAUGGAGAGUCGCUCGACGUCAGCGUGUUAUAUCAUUUUAUAGAUAAAAAAACCCAUCGUUUUGUAAUCGAUCAGAUUGAUGUCAAAGAAGAAGAAUUACAUGUUAUCAUUUUCCUGA